GUUGAAACUUUGUGAAUUACAAUCUCUGCCUCAGACUGACUUGUACCGGCUUGAGGCCAACUUUGACGAUGUUGGACCGCCUAAGUCUUCCCCCGUACCUGAGAGCCGCACUCGUGGUGGGGCUGGGCGGCUUUCUAUUUGGUUCAGAUACUGGAACAAUCGGGCCAGUGACAAAAAUGACCACCUUUGUCGAGACCUUUGGAGAGUUCAGUGCAACGAUCCACGGCCUCAUAAUAUCUUCUAUCCUCAUACCAGCAGCAUUGACAUCGCUUAUUUCUGGAAAUGUCGCGGAUAUUUACGGCAGGUUACGUACCAUUAUGUUUGGUGAGGUUGUUUUCGGAAUCGGAGCUGCGAUCGAAGCAUCAGCUCCCAACAUAGGUGCAUUCGUCUGUGGGCGAAUCAUUGCAGGCAUUGGCGAAGGGUUCUAUUUGAGCCUUCUCGUUGUAUAUGUAUGCGAAAUCUCGCCCGCCAAAAAUCGAGGACCACUAGCCAGCUUACCUCAAUUCGGGACUGUACUUGGCCUGGCCUCCGGUUAUUUCAUUUCAUAUGGAACCUCUCGCAUCGCGUCUUCUGCUUCGUGGAGAAUCCCACUGGCUGUUCAGGCGUUCCUUGCUUUUUCAUUUGCAGUCUGCUGCACGACACUACCACCUUCGCCACGAUGGCUAUUAUCGAAGAACAGGAAGGAGGAAGCUUUUGAGGCGGCGUCUCGUUUGGGCAUCAAGCUGGAGGAGCAGACCAUCAUCGUCGACGGAGUAGCGAUCGAAGAGACACCGAAGCCCGUUGCCAAUGGUGGCCUGGGACAGGCUAUCAAAACCACUUUCACUGAUCUGCCAAAGGCUUUCGAGAAGAGUGUGCGCAACAGGACCAUCCUUGGAUGUGUUCUUAUGGGAAUGCAGCAAUUCUCAGGAAUUGAUGGCGUCCUUUACUACGCACCUCUACUUUUCGAGCAAGCUGGUCUAUCCUCCGAGAAAGCAAGCUUUUUGGCAUCUGGUAUUUCCGCAAUCGUCAUUCUUGUAGCCACUAUACCAGCUACCAUCUUUGCCGAUCGCUGGGGAAGACGCUCAACAACGAUAUAUGGAGGAACGACCAUGGCAGCUUGUAUGGCUCUCAUUGGUGCGCUCUAUGCCUCUGGGAAGGUAUACCAAACUCACGGAGCGGCUCGUUGGGUCAUUGUUGGUGCAAUCUACGUCUUUGCUGGGAUAUAUAGCAUGACCUGGGCUAUCGGCAUGCGUGUAUAUGCGAGUGAAAUCCAACCAAUCCGAUCUCGCGCACUUGCGUCAAGUUGGGGACAAAGUGCUAAUUGGGGAGCAAACUUCAUCGUCGCACUCACAACACCGAUCUUCCUGGACCGGUCCACAUUUGGAGUGUAUUUCCUGUUCAGUGGAUGUCUUCUGACAGUAGCCAUUGGUGCAUGCUUCCUAAUGCCGGAGACAAGAGGCCGGUCCCUGGAAGAGAUCGAUCGCGAAUUCAGCAAGCACGCUUUGUUCAAAACCAAGGCAACGACGAGCACUCAAGAUGCAGGGAUAUUUUCUACUGAGAAGGGACCCGUUGCUACGGUAAGUCCGGUUCAAAGAACAACGGUUUCUCGUUCUAUUUCAGAUGUUUAGUUAUGGAUAAUGAAGAUAGAAGAAUCAGAGGAGCGAGAAUAU